CUACCUUGGUCAUUUGUACUUCAGUUGAUAAGCAGACCAGGAUGAGUCAAGCGCUGCAGCAAUCGCUGGGGGAGUCCGAAGUGUUCGAGCUCGUGUGCGACUACCUCCGCUCGCGCAAGUUCUACAAAGCAGAGCAGGCCCUUCUUCAUGAGCGCCGGCUGGCUAUGGAGAACUCAUCGUACGACACUGGCGGACUGCGCGACCAAGCCUCGUCCGCGGCAAUCCCUGCGCCGUUGAAGCCAUCCCUCCUGGAGAGCCUUCUCGAGCGCAGUUACGUGACCAACUUUGUCUCUGGUGAAGGUGACGAAGAAGAACACGAGCACAAACGCAACCGGUCACAUCUCGACGGCACCGUCGACGACGUCACUCUCGCCGAGCCCGACCACGUUGACGAUGACGCAGACGAAGUGUAUGGCCUCAGCACCCAACUCGUGUCCUUCGAAGCAUGCAAGGACGACCCGUACGGGUCGGCGACCAUGCCCAUCUACCAAACGUCCACAUUUGCGCAGAAAUCCGCCACGGAAUUCGGCGCGUACGAUUAUACGCGCAGUGGCAACCCCACGCGCGCGGCGUUGGAGCGGCAGAUGGCAGAACUCGAGAAAGGCCAUCGCGCGUUCGCGUUCACGAGCGGGAUGGCGGCACUGAGCACCAUCUCCCGCCUCGCCAAGGCGGGCGAACACAUUGUGCUGUCGGAUGACUCGUAUGGCGGCACGUACCGCCUCCUGUCCAAGUUGACGGCCAAAAACGGUGUGCAUGUCAAGUACGUCGACCUGAGUGGCCCCGCGGGUCCCGCGAACCUCCGCGCGGCACUCAACUACGAAACCAAACUGGUCAUGAUGGAGAGCCCGACCAACCCCAUGCAGCGCAUCUGUGACAUCGCGGCGUUGGCGGCGGUGUCGCAUGAAUUUGGUGCACUCCUUAGUGUCGACAACACGAUGAUGAGUCCCAUUUUGCAAAACCCGCUGGACCUCGGCGCCGACAUUUGCAUGCACUCGGCCACCAAGUUUGUGUGCGGCCAUUCAGACACCAUGUCGGGGAUUGUGAUUGCCAAGGAUCCCGAGUUGUGCCGCGAUUUGUACUUUGUCCAGAAUGCCGAAGGCACGGGGCUGGCCCCCAUGGAUUGCUGGCUGCUGUUGCGCGGUGUCAAGACUAUGGGAUUGCGUGUGCUCACGGCGCAGUCAAAUGCUAUGCGUGUGGCGUCGUUUUUGCAUGCGCAUCCUGCUGUCACCAAGGUCUAUUACGCCGGUCUACCGUCGUACAAAGACAAGGCGAUCCACGACAAACAAGCCCGCGGCGCUGGGUCCGUCAUUACAUUUUGCACCGGUGACUUGAAAUUAUCUCAACACAUUGUGACCAACACCAAGUUGUUCAAAAUCACGGUAAAAAAUACUAUUGUGCAUAAUUUCACCCACGUUUGAACUUUGAGUCAAUUUGCCAAUAACGUUUGACUUGACAAUCUAUACUAUACAAUGAGUUUAGCAUAUAUCCGGUUUUGCCCAACUGAACUGAAUCUGUACUUGGGAUUGGCCGAAAUUCACCAGAACGUCAUUUGAUUGGCUUAAGCGGUUCAUUAUUUCAUUCUCUAACAGUUUCGAUUCUGGUGUUUCGAAUCGAUUGGACAAUACUAAUUAGUACCUACCACAUAUCUAUCUAUCCUCGUAUCCUUUCAUAUACAUAUAUAUAUAUAUAUAUAUAUAUAUUCCUUGAUGGAAAACAGCGCUCUUGACACUGUUUCUAACUUUUUAGGUCAGUUUUGGCAGUGUGAACUCGCUCAUUUCGCUGCCGGGUGUCAUGUCCCAUGCCAGCAUCCCCGAAGAAGUGCGCAAGGCGCGGUCAUUCCCUGAAGAUCUCAUCCGUCUGUCCAUCGGCAUUGAGGACAUCCAGGACCUGAUCAACGAUCUGCAGCGCGCGUUCCAAAGCUUCAGCACGUCGGCGUAGAUAGAGCGAGCGCGUGUAUGCGGCAUGUUUUGCGCAUGGGAUUCCGCGACGAUUCGUCCAUCGGUGGUUCAACUUCCCCUCUUAAGUGCAGGGCAAAGACGACCCGUCCUUGGUCCAACGCCAUCGUCGCCCGCCAUGUGUGACGCGGUGUUGCCUUGUAUAGUUAGAAAGAGACAUAAUAAAUAGUCGACUAUGUAGAGAUAGCCCCCCCUUUUGGCGUCGAGAUGAUGGUGUACUUGUCUUUCAAGUUUGAAGGGUAUUCCAAG